AAACCUGACGAAUAUUAUGACUAUCCAGACUCCCUUAGAGAAAAUAAAAUGCCCAUUGUUAUUGAUAAUGGUGCUUGCAACUGCAGAGUAGGCUGGGCAUUUGAUGAGAAUCCACGGUUACAGUUCAAGAAUGUGGUUGCUAAGCAACGGGGUAGAAAAGAUGCAGACACAAGCACCCAGAUUGGUAAUGACAUCAGCAACAUUGAAGUGGUGAGGUGGCUCCUGAAAACGCAGUUUGACAGGAACAUUGUGACUCACUACGAUGUACAGGAAGUCACUUUUGAUUAUAUAUUUUCACACUUGGGUAUCAAGACACAGGGAAUGGUGGACCAUCCUAUCGUGUUAACUGAACCACUUUGCAAUCCGAAUUACUGCAGACAGUUGAUGUCAGAGUUAUUAUUUGAAUGUUACCACGUUCCAAAAGUUGCAUAUGGAGUGGAUAGUCUUUUCAGCCUUUAUUACAAUCAACCAAAAGCUGCCAGUACUGAUGCUAUUAUCUUAUCCUCUGGUUACCAAGCAACGCAUGUCAUACCUGUCAUCAAUGGUCGAGUGAAUUCUACUAACUGCAAGAGAAUUAACAUCGGUAGUUCUCACGCUACAUCAUUUAUGCAUCGAUUACUACAACUCAAAUACCCAGCACAUUUUACAGCCAUUACAUUGAGCCGAUCAGAGGAACUGACUAAUGAACACUGUUACAUGGCUGUUGAUUAUCAGGACGAACUUAAUGACUGGAAUUCUUUGGAAUAUUACUACGAGAAUGUACAUAAAAUACAACUGCCAUUCACACCAAUUCCAGGAAGUUCAUUAUCUGCCAAAGACAAAGAAGAAAGAAAACAACAACAAGUCAAACGGUUACAGGCUAUGAAUGCAAAAAGACGAGAAGAAAGGCUCGCAGCCGAACAAGAAAAACUACAACAGUUAAUGAGUAUACAGGAACUCCUAGAAGACGAGGAUGAGGAUGCAUUCAAUAGAGCCUUGGAGAAGUUUGGUUAUUCUUCCGCUGAUGAACUGCAAACUGCUGUGAAUAAAUUAACACUAUCCAUGCAAAGAAUCAAAGAUAAAAUCCUUGGAGUGGAACAAACGGAAGAUUCCAAUAAUCAGGAGACAACUUGUAAAGAGGAGCCCGUUUACGACUUGAUAGACAUUCCAGAUGAAGCACUUACGUUAGAACAGAAAGAAGAAAAAAGACGCCAGAGGAUUCUGAAGAAUGCCAGCGAUGCAAGAUUAAAAUCAAAGAAAGCCAGAGAGGAGCAAAGAGCUCAGCAAGAAUUAGAAAUGAAAGAAAUGGAAGCAAAACGACAAGUGGACUUUGAUGGCUGGAUAUCGGACAUUAGAACACAAAGACAGGAUCUGCUCGAGAGUCGGGCUCAGAGACAGCAGCUGAAGUCACAAUUAGCGAAAAGAAAAAGUCAAGCAUCGCAGGAAAGGAUGAGAAUAUUGACACAGUUAGCGCAUGGUAAAAGUGUAAGUGGUAAAGGUCAAGAAGACACAUUUGGUCUAAAUGACGAUGACUGGAAUGUUUAUAAAGCCAUUAAUAAAGAAGCUGGUGACAGUGACUCAGAGGCAGAACAAGAUAAACUAGCAGAGGUCGAACAGCUUCUUGCUGAGUAUGAUCCAGAAUUUCAAAAGGAGAUGUUGGCGCAACAACAGGUAGGAAUGACCUUUGACCUCACUGAGUAUUACCAACUACAUCUGGGCGUGGAGCGGAUCCGGGUUCCAGAAUUAUUAUUCCAGCCGUCAAUGAUUGGUGUGGAGCAAGCCGGAAUUGCAGAGACACUGGAAUACGUUCUGAGUCGAUAUCCUAUGGAUGUUCAAAAUAAUCUUGUCCAAAAUAUUUUCAUGACAGGUGGCAACACAAUGUAUCCCAAUAUGAAGACUAGAUUGGACAAAGAGCUAUUAGCAAUGAGACCUUUCCAAUCAGCAUUCAAAAUACACACUGCCAAUAACCCAUUACUAGAUAGUUGGUAUGGAGCUAGAAAAUGGACACUAUCGCAAAAUGUUUGUUAUAUUACCAAAGCUGAGUAUGAAGAGAAAGGGGGAGAAUAUUUAAAAGAACAUAUCACAUCGAAUACAUUUGUACCAACGCCAAAAUAA